UUUGGACUAUCCGCGGAAGGUCACCGUGUACGGCUCAAAAUGGCCUGCGGACGAAGAUUAUGACCGUAGCAUGAAGUACUUCCGCAACCAAUUCUCGUCGCCGCUGCGGUCGACUAUGAGAUGAUUAACGGGAAGCGGCAUGGCGACUUGGCGAGGCAUAUAGCAGACGACAUCAAGCGGAGACGGAGGGUUGAACUAGGCCUAGAUCAAGUCCCAGUCGUCUUACCCCACAACUCACUGGAGGAUAAGCGGCGUCGAGAGCUCGAGGGCGGUAUCGUCGUCGUUGGAAGACCGACAUUCAAGGAAUUAAUGGCCGGCCUGAAGAAAGGCUGGACGGAAACCCUUGAGAUAGUGGAUAGGGAAGAGAAGCUUUCGAGGGAGCUAGAGAACGAUGGCAAGUUCGACGAGCGAGAACCAGAGUCGAGUGCAGCGUCGGACGGGCCCGAGUUGGAUGGCGAACCUAUUCCGACUGCGUCGCGCCUCCCGUCUUCCCAGUCGUUCGCGGCAUUCACACCCCCGCAUCUCCGAGAGUCGUCCCCAUCAUCCUCAAAACCUUCAGAAAAGUCCUCCAUCCCCGACUCUAUGAACACGCCUCCAACCCGCAUACCUUCAAUGCCUCCGAUUCUGCUAGUCCAUUUCGUCGACCACAUCGGGUUCUUGCAGAUCCCGCAUAUGAUCUGGGAGUUCUUCAACCAGCGGCACAAAGUACGCUCGGGUGCUGAAGCCGCCUACCGCCUCGUCAUGGGCCUGACACGACCGCUCAGCGCUCCACCAGCAGAGGAGCUCUCGACAUUGGUGGAAGCGGAGUCGCAAAGCGAACCGGAUCCCUCCCAGCCACACCUCUCCGAGCCCUCGCUUGCUGACCUCGACUUCGACAAGGACGUCGAGGGGUACUACAAGAAGUCGUACGUGCGUGACUUCGCUGCCGAGAUCGGAAAGGCGCGGGAGGAGUACUACGAGAAACUCCCCGCGCGCCUGGAGACCGCGCGCUCUCUCGCUCGGGGCACACGCGAGCCAACCAAGGAGGAGGUCAAUUACCCACCUCCAACGGAGGUCGAGCUGCGUGCAGAGCGGAUGAAGAAAGAACUGCGGUGGCAAGCCGAUGAAGAGGGUUGGGACAUCGUCAGGCCUGGCAAGCCCGUUGCAUGGGACGAGAGAUUUAGGGAAGUGUUGAAGGUGUUCAUGGACCUGCCAGCGGGGACAACGAGCGAACGGCCGAGGGAAGAGGAGACAAAAUGAGCCAAUUUACUGCUCUUUGACAUCUACAUCGUAGCCUAG